AAUACAUCUGUGUUAAAUACAUAUAUGUAAAAUUCAUAAAAAUUCAUUUGUGUAUAUGUCCAUACAAAUGUCGAGCAUACAUACAUAAUUGAAGCGUAAAAAGACAUAGAAAGAAUAAAAGAAAAACAAUAAGCCUACAAACGCGCUGUCAUGCAGUUCUAAGUCAAUUGUGGAUGCUCAAUUAAGUGUCGUCGUUUGCGCCCAACGGGGAUGUCCACAGCCAAAAGGCUGGUACUCUCAUUACGCGGUCGCAAGCAUUCACAAGGCAAUACAGCGACAUCAUCGACGCGUCUUGUGUCGGCUGGUACCUCCCCGGGACAUGAGCUGGACGAAAUAGCUGUUGUCUCGGGCACCGGAGGUUCCAGCCAUCAUUUAUCCUCAUAUAGCGGUAUCGGUGCUGAUAUAAGUAAUGGUCCCAGAUACUCAACAGAUCUCGGAUCGAAAUUUAGCAUGCCACAGCCGAAAUUCGGUCAGAGCGUCUCACAGCAAGGUUUCUUCACAUCACACGACAGCCUCGCCACACCAUGCGCAUCACGUGCCUCCAAUCCACAUGUGGCCACUGUAAGCACUGCCUCCGAAAUGGAUUUACUGCACAGCAGCAACAAACAGCGACGCAAAUCGCGCGGCCGCCUGAAAACAAUGUCCGGCGAGCAACCGCUGCUCGAUUCGUGGCAACGUUCGACAACGGCGCGCGGUUCACAAGACAACACAUUGGCCGGCGGCUUGGCGGGGAGUAAUCAAUUUAGCGGGAAUUUCUGCAACGGCACUGAUAGAUAUCCCCGCUCACGUUCCGGUACCUCAACGACCACUGCCCCGCCACAUAGCGGCCCCUCACAUUCGCAUCAUUCGUCGCAUCAGCUACACCACUCGGCGUCGGUGUCGCAUGCGCACCAUCCAACUUCACACACAUCGCAUUUAUCAUCCGCACAACAACAACAGUCCGCAGCGUCACAUCAUCAGCAGCAACCACAUCGAACCGCCUCGCAACGAUUUCGUGCCGCCACUGCCUCGCGUAAAUUCCACUUUGUGUUCGAUCCAGCGGGGCGUCUGUGCUACUACUGGUCAAUGGUCGUAUCGCUGGCGUUCCUCUACAAUUUCUGGGUGAUAAUCUAUCGUUUCGCCUUUCAAGAGAUCAAUCGACGAACGAUUGCCAUUUGGUUUUGUCUCGAUUAUUUCUCCGAUUUUUUAUAUCUCAUAGAUAUAUUCUUUCAUUUUCGUACCGGUUACUUGGAGGAUGGUGUACUACAAACUGAUGCGACGAAAUUGCGUCAACACUACAUGAAUUCGACAACAUUCUACAUUGACUGCCUGUGUUUGCUGCCAUUGGAUUUUUUAUAUCUAUCAAUCGGAUUCAAUUCGAUAUUGCGUUCAUUUCGUUUGGUGAAAAUCUAUAGAUUUUGGGCAUUUAUGGAUCGCACCGAACGACAUACGAACUAUCCGAACUUAUUUCGUUCGACAGCGCUGAUACACUACCUACUUGUGAUAUUCCAUUGGAACGGAUGUCUGUAUCAUAUUAUACAUAAAAACAAUGGAUUCGGUUCGAGGAAUUGGGUGUACCAUGAUUCUGAAUCGGCCGAUGUAGUUAAACAAUAUUUACAAAGUUAUUAUUGGUGUACGUUAGCUUUAACGACGAUCGGGGAUUUGCCGAAGCCCAGAUCGAAAGGUGAAUACGUCUUUGUGAUAUUACAAUUGCUAUUCGGACUGAUGCUGUUCGCGACGGUAUUGGGUCAUGUGGCGAACAUUGUGACGUCGGUGAGUGCGGCACGCAAGGAAUUUCAAGCCAAACUGGAUGGCGUGAAAACGUAUAUGCGUAUGCGUCGUGUGCCCAAUCAUCUGCAGGUGAAAGUCAUUAAAUGGUUCGAUUACCUGUGGCUGACCCAAAAGUGUUCCGACGAGGAGCGAGCUGUAUCCUGUCUUCCUGAUAAAUUAAAGGCUGAAAUAGCAAUUAACGUCCAUUUAGAUACACUUAAGCGAGUUGAAAUUUUUCAAAAUACCGAAGCGGGUUUCCUAUGCGAAUUGGUGCUACGUCUGCGGCCGGUACUCUUCUCACCCGGUGACUACAUUUGUCGAAAGGGUGAGGUUGGCAAGGAAAUGUACAUAGUGAAUCGUGGCCGUCUGCAGGUGGUCGCCGACAAUGGGAAGACGGUGAUGGCUUCACUGAAGGCAGGUUCCUAUUUUGGCGAGAUUAGUAUACUGAAUAUGGGCACAGCAG